AUACCAAUCAAAACAGGGCCUGCGCUUUCUCAUCCUGUAUACCAAAUUACCAGUUAUCGAUCAUAAAAAGCGCCAACUGAGAUCGGAGAAGAAGAAGAACGAGAUACCGGGAGAGUGUUCGGAAUCGUAAGAGUAAUGGAAAUCGGGAUACAGAGUCGAUUGGUGCAGAUGUGCAUAGAAGCUGCCUGUGAAAGCAGGGAGACCGUGGAGAAAUGGAGGAGGCAGCGAAGGACUCUCGAGCGCAUACCCUCGCCUCUUGCGGAUGCGCUCCUUCGACGGCUCCUCCAUCGUCGCCUCCUCUUUCCUUCCUUGCUUGAAGCUUUCAAAUAUACCGUGGAGAUGAUUGAUCUUGGAGGUGAGAACAAGGUGGAUGCAGAAUGGAUGGCAUAUUUGGGAGCAUUUCGUUACUUGAGCUACUUGAAUGUUGCAGAUUGCCAUAGAAUUACUAAUUCAGCCCUGUGGGCGCUCACUGGAAUGACCUGUUUAAGGGAGAUAGACAUUUCUAGAUGCAUGAAAGUCACUGAUGCUGGCAUCAAGCAUCUCCUCUCUAUUUCAACUUUGGAAAAGCUACGUAUUUCAGAAACAGGCUUGACUGCAGAUGGGGUUGCACUCCUUUCCUCGCUCAAGAACUUGUCUGUAUUGGACUUGGGUGGUUUACCUGUCACAGAUCUGGCAUUGAGUUCUCUGCAGGUGCUGACAAGGCUCCAGUACCUUGACCUUUGGGGAAGUAAAAUAUCUGACAAAGGGGCUUCUAUGUUUCGAACGUUCCCUAAAUUGAGUUUUCUCAAUUUAGCUUGGACCAGUGUGACCAAGGUGCCAAAUUUGUCGUCUCUUGAAUCUUUGAACUUGAGUAAUUGUACCAUUGACUCAUUACUUGAAGGGGAUGGUGAUAAAGCUCCUUUGGUGAAGCUUAUUCUCUCUGGAUCCACAUUCAUAAAUGAGGCCCAAGCAUUUUUAUACAUGGAAACAAGUUUUCUAUCCUUUCUGGAUUUAUCGAACUCAUCCCUUCAGAGAUACUUCUUUUUAUCUCAUAUGAAUUGUCUGACACAUUUGGACGUGAGCUCUAGCAUGAUGGGAGAUGAUUUGCUUGAACCUGUGGCAUGUAUUGGGGAAAAUUUGAGAAGUUUAAAUCUCAGGAAAACAAAGGUCAGUUCUGCUGGAGUGGGGAUAUUAGCAGGAAAUGUUCCUAAUCUUGAAAUUAUAUCAUUAUCUCACACGCUUAUAGAUGAUGUUGCCAUUUCAUAUAUCAGCCUGAUGCCUUCAGUAAAGGUUAUUGACUUGAGUCAUACAAACAUCAAAGGUUUCGUUCAUCAGGGAGGCUCUGAGCCAGAUUCAUCGCUACUGGCACUGCAAAGUCUUAACCAUUUGGAAUGUUUGAAUCUGGAGCAAACCCAAGUCAGAGAUUCCGCUCUAUGCUUUUUAUCAAGCUUUCGAGAGUUGAGCCAAUUAUCUCUAAGAAGUGCUUCCCUUACCGAUGAUUCGUUGCAUCAUUUGUCAUCUCUAGCAAAGCUGAUAAAACUUUGCAUUCGUGACGCCGUGUUGACAAAUUGUGGGUUAGAUUCCUUCAAACCUCCAGGAACACUGAAAAUAUUGGACCUGCGAGGUUGUUGGCUGUUAACUGAGGACGCUCUCUUUUCAUUUCAUAAAACUAAUCCUUUAAUUGAUGUAUGGCAUGAAGUUGUCCGGUUCUCUCCAUCAAACCAAAACCCAUCUCCUUCACGGAAAUCUUCGAGGAGUUCUCAAGUAAAACAGAACCAGGGAAACUUGUCUGUGUCUCAAUUUUUUGUCGAUCAAAGACUGAAAUAUAGUAGAGAGGAGCUGCUUGCGCUUCAGUACUCAUCAUUAUCUAUUGUACGCUCUCAUACUUGAGGUUUGGUAACACUGAAAGAAACAAGCUGAGGAGGACUAGCCACUCUUUCCAUGUGGUAUUCAGUUGUGAUCGUGUCUCGAAUUGUCGUCAUUAUUUGUAAUAAUGGCUGAGAGUCGUUUAUUGUUUUUUAAUUUGCUUUUUGAAUGAUGAUUUAAUUUUGGGAAAUGAAUGGAGGGCGAUGAGAAUCUCCGCUGAUGUUGCAUUUGGAUGGAAAA